CGAACAUCAAUAUUUUGCGUCAGUCCCUUGUGACUCUACAGUCAUGUCCUGUUCUGCUAGGAAGAAACACAUUAUACUCUACAACAGCUGAUGUGCAUCUGGAUCAUAAGAAACACUGGGUGAUUUUUUUGAAGAUUCAGACGCGCAGCGAAUAUCAAAACAGCCGCGACGGUAAACGCGAAGAGGUGAAGCUUUCUUCUACACAUCAUGGCCUCUCGUAAGAAGGUGCUGCUCAAAGUGAUCAUCCUAGGGGAUUCUGGAGUUGGGAAGACCUCUUUGAUGAACCAGUACGUGAAUAAUAAGUUCAGUAAUCAGUAUAAAGCCACAAUCGGAGCUGAUUUCCUGACUAAGGAGGUGAUGGUGGAUGACAGACUGGUCACCAUGCAGAUUUGGGACACGGCGGGUCAGGAGCGCUUUCAGUCUCUGGGCGUGGCGUUCUACAGAGGGGCGGACUGCUGCGUGCUGGUGUACGACGUCACGGCACCAACUACAUUCAAGACUAUGGACAGCUGGAGGGACGAGUUUCUCAUUCAGGCCAGUCCUCGUGACCCGGAGAACUUCCCCUUUGUUGUGCUGGGCAACAAAAUCGACCUGGAGAACCGGCAGGUAACGACAAAGCGAGCUCAAGCGUGGUGUCAGAGUAAGAACAACAUCCCCUAUUUUGAGACCAGUGCCAAAGAAGCCAUUAACGUGGACCAGGCCUUCCAAACUAUCGCUCGCAAUGCACUCAAACAGGAGUCGGUGGAGACGUAUGACUUCCCUGACCAGAUUAAACUAAGAGACGACAGACCUGUGUCUAGCAGUGAUGGCUGCAGCUGCUGAAGGAAACACGAAACUGGGGACGGGAAGAGAAAGAGCCAACAUUGGGGAAGGGAGAGAUAGAGAUGGAAAAGAUCCAGGCCUGUUAUUCUAGCAUCCAUCCUCCCCUUUUCCUCCUUUGAAACCUCCAGAGUAUCAAAUGCCACAUGUGAAAGCUGAACAUCCAUUUUCUUGCUGAACUCCAAGUAAACGUGUGGUACGAUAAACUGUCGAGGAACAGGAAGACCAAUGUGUUGCGUAUCCUCUGACAUUGCAUUUAUUACGAGUCCUGCUAUCACUACAGCUGUCCGAGAAUUUCCCUGUCGCUACUCCUGCUGAGCAAUAUGAUUUUCUUUUCUCAGAAAUUAUUCUUUGGUCUGCUAGUUCAUUGUGCCUUUUUAAUUCUUACUAUUGGUUAUUGCUAUCAAUGUUUCACUCCUAUGCUGAAUGAAUAUUCGUUCAAAAAAAGACAUUACAUAUGUAAUAGGGCUGGGAAAUAUAAUAUUAAUAAAAUGUUUUAUCUGCCAUUUAAAAUCAAUUUGUUUACACCAUAGCUUCUCAGUAAAACAAACAAAAAAAAAAGACAUUCAGAAAUGAGUUAGUCAAUUAAUUUGAUUUAUCAUUCAAAAAUGAUUAUGGAAGUCCCUGUUUCACAUUUCAAAUGUUUAAAAUUUGAAAAAUAGGUAAUUGUUUUUUUAUUAGUGUGCGCAUAAAUAUGAUUUUUAGAUGCAUCUAUGAAGGAAAAAGGUGUGGAAAAUGCCUUUUUUUUCUCCUGUAUUUUUUACUUCAGACAUUUAAAAUCCACUUCAAAAAAUUGCUGUUUGUUUGAAAUGAUAGUUCCUCUAAAUAAAUACAUCAGGGCAAAUGACUGUUGUCAAAAGAUAAAAAUAACAAUAAUAUAUGAUUUCUUCACUCAUCUCCCAGCCCUACUAUGUAACAUGUCAUGAAUUAAUAUGGAUGUGGUGACAGUGCAUUACCUUGAACAUAAGGGUACUGAGAUUGUCUAGGUUGACUUCAACAUUAAAUCUGAAAACACUUUAGUCUUAGUUGGACUGUAAGUACUUCUGAAAAUGUUUUAAGCCACUUAAUUGUCUCUGUAACAUAUUUCUCUCAUGCCAGUUAUAACAGUUUACAAAACAUGUAUGUUUUUGCACAUAUAGCUGUUGAGUAUGUCAACGUGUUUCAUCAAGAGGUCAUGUAUUAAGUAAUCAGGUUAGAAGCACACUAAUGAUGUUACGUCAUGCUUAACUCAGUGUUUUGAUUUACCUUUGGACAUUACAUGCUAUGCCUGUAUUCAUUAAUAUAUAUCCAUACUCAACCCAAGAGCUCCUCCAUUUUAUAUGCCGAAAUGCAAAAAAAAAGGAGGAAAAAAAAAAUGUAGGCAUCAUUUUUAUUUUGGCCAAAUGAAAGAAUGACACCAAAACCAAAAAAUAAAUAAAGAUGCAUUUACAACCAA